CUACCUCAGCUGUGACUGUCGCCAUAGUGGCAGAGUGGUGCAGAGAAAGUCGCAUCUGCCACCACCGUCAUUUUUUCUAAGGUGAUCAAACGGAACGUUAGUCACGCGCCUUCCCUCGUGUUGACCCCCGGCGCCAUAUUGGAUUCGAAUCUCGACUCCUGUCAGAUGGAACGUCGUCUAAUGUUACGCGAACUGUGACCUCUGACCUGUGACGAUGGUGUACAAAGUGUUUGUGCUAACAUAUUUGUUCUUCGCCCUCCAUCGACAUGCACUGGCUGAAAGGAGUGUGGGAUGUUUAUUUACUUCAGAGAUUUGUGAAGAGGACGAACUUUGUUUUGAUGAUAACGUGUUCGGAAGAUGCCACGAGAUUACAGAAAACCGUGAAGAGAGAUUUCGUUACUCGUUAACACCAAAAACCUUAAGGUUACUGGAACACGAGAUGAAACGUUUAUUUAUUGGCGGUUACCGUUGGGUUCAUAACUACACUCAAUGCGUCAUACAAAACAUACUGUAUACGGAAAGACACCGUCUUUCUUACGAUCCUGGGUUAUGUGCAAGGCUCUUACAGAUGACAGCACCUUACGUGCCAGCUGCUCUUCUGGAAGAAUUAGAGAAAAUGGAUCCUGAAGACAUGGCUUACAUCAAAUUUCUCCCAAGCUUGACAAACUCUCAUUCCGAAUAUGCAGAUGAGAUCUUCGCUCCCGCUCGACACAAGCCAGAAUCUCGCUUCGAAAAACGAGAUAACGAUAAUAUAUUAAGAGGAAAAGCUAUAGAAGACGAAGGAGGUGAUGAUAUUGAUGAUGAUGAUGAAGAUUUUUUAGCAUUCUUACAAUAUCUAAAAGAAGCUUCAGUACGGGAUCAAGAAGAUCUACGCUAUCCCGAUAACAUUAAGGACGAUGAACCGAGUCGACAUCCGUUAUUUUCAGAAGGAGGAGUGGAGUGGUUACCUGUCAAUCGUGACGACGAUGCGGGGUGGAAGAAAGAAGUGACGUCAGAUGGCGACACUGAGCGAAAAUCAAGUAUCAUCUCCCUCCGACCAGAAAGAUGGCUACGAAAUAAUAAACAAGAUGAGCAGGAUGAUGGAAUAGUGGAGCGAGCCAGGGAUGAAGAGGAGCAAGAUGAUGAUGAUGAUGAUGACGACGACGACGAUAACUUCCGGCGGUUUUCCCGUUACGAUACUAAGAAACCAGGACCCGGUUUCUACGUCCACGAGCAGGAAGAUGAACCGGAUGAUGAUUCUUCUUGGAAAUUCUGGAUGGAACCUUCGGAUAAAAGCAGCGUUGGAUCAGUUGAGGCGGAUGAAGAAAGGAUUGACGACAAGAUGUCCUUACGAUUCGUGGGUCAGGAUAACCGCAGAAUUCCCCAAAAAGAAGGAAAAGAAGGGGAGAAAGAAAAGGGUGUGUUACCUGACGUGGGUAGCCAGUACGAGACAGUAGAUGCUAGUUAUACCUAUUUAGUUAUAGGAAAGGAAAGGAAACUGACGUCAUCAGAUGCCGAAAAAUUAGUAGAGACGUUGGAACAGAUGUUGAAAUUGCCUCGAGGGAUUUUUUCUAAUGUCAACGUGGACGACGACCAAGUGACCUUUAAGGUCAAUCCUAAUUCCCAAGGACUUAAUGCUUCCGUAGUAGCAAAUAAAGCAGAGGAACUUAGCGAACAACUGAAGUCUGCCGUUGGUAUCGAGAUACAAGGAGCGGGAAUUGGAGAUAAGACGAAGUUCGAAGUUGUGAACAAGACACACGAUCGACGACUUUUCGUUUUGACCUUUAUCCUAUGUGGACUGAUCGUGGGCAUCGUGGUAGCUGUCGCUGUCGUGUAUUUGGUGCGAAAACAUGCCAAAUCCAGGAAGAAACUGCAGAGUUUGGCCCAUCCGGAAACGGAAGCUAGCCAAGAUUAUCAGGAUUUGUGUCGUCAGAGAAUGGCAAGCAAGUGCCAUGAGAAACCGGAACCCAUUCACGUGAUACAAUCGCCAAAAAGAGUCAGCAGCCUAUCACAGAGUGAAACGUCUCAACCUAGCCCCUCCAGCCGAUCUUCUACCUCCUCUUGGAGCGAAGAACCGGUUAGUUCCAACAUGGACAUUUCAACAGGUCAUAUGAUUUUGUCAUAUAUGGAGGAUCAUCUAAAGAAUAAAGAUCGCUUGGAUAGAGAGUGGGAGGCUCUGUGCGCUUACGAGGCUGAACCUUGUUCCACCGCUAUUGCUAAUUUACCACAGAACGUCAAGAAGAAUCGCUAUCCCGAUGUGGUUCCUUACGAUCAUUCCCGUGUCGUACUCAAUGAUCUUUCAAACGUCUCCAACGAAGACUACAUAAAUGCUAGCUCAAUUACCGAUCAUGAUCCGAGGAAUCCCGCUUAUAUCGCAACGCAAGGCCCUCUUCCGCAUACAGCAGCUGAUUUUUGGCAGAUGAUUUGGGAGCAAGGAAACGUUGUUAUUGUUACUUUAACCCGUCUGAUGGAGAAUGGAGUGGCCAUGUGUCAUCGUUACUGGCCCGAAGAAGGGAGCGAAGUGUAUCACAUGUAUGAGGUUAAUUUAGUAUCAGAACAUAUUUGGUGUGACGAGUAUUUAGUACGUAGUUUCUACUUGAAAAACCUGAAAACAUCGGAAACUAGAACAGUCACGCAGUUUCAUUUCUUGGCAUGGCCCGAAAAUAACAUACCUAGCUCGACUAAAGCCAUCUUAGAAUUUCGAAGAAAAGUGAACAAGUCGUAUCGAGGAAGAUCUUGCCCCAUUGUAGUUCAUUGCAGCGAUGGAGCUGGAAGGACUGGUACAUACUGUCUCAUCGAUAUGGUCUUGAACAGAAUGUCUAAAGGUGCUAAGGAGCUCGAUAUAGCCGCUACUUUGGAACAUAUCAGAGACCAGAGAGGAGGGAUGGUUAAAACAAAGGCCCAGUUUGAAUUCGUUCUAAUGGCCAUAGCCGAAGAAGUUCACGCCAUCUUGAAAGCAUUAUCGCACUAAAACAACGGUAUUCGAAGUCAAAUUCUAUAAAAUAACCUGGAAAUACUAAAGAGAAACGACUGCGAGUCUCACGGAAUAUAAAAAAUUAACCUCAAUAUCAGUGUCACUAUUCUAAUCCUUCCUCCAUCAAUAACCGACUUAAAAACUAUAAUCAGAAAAUAUAAUUUCGUUCGAAAUCCCCAAACAAAAAGUCCAAAAAAAAGCAGAGCACCUAAAUAAAAUUACAGAUAAAUCUCUUCCCCUGUUUCUAUCUUCCACCACUAGAUGACAAAUUGUCGCUAUCGACACGUGUUCUGAGGGGGGAACAAUCUACAAAAAAAUGAUGAUUAAAUAUAAUAAACCCGCACUUGAGUCCUGAUGAAAAA